UUAAGAUGAUCUUAAAUAUAAGAACGGACUAUGAAUACCGGCCGUAGUCUUUGUCGAAGUCGCUACACAAGUCUGUCUUAAUCGUAGACGUAGGAACGGCUGCUAUGUUCUCUUAAGACAAUAUUUUAUGUUUUAAAUAUGCCAUAGAGCCUGAGCGGACUGGCUGUCUUGUACUCUGAAGGCAUAAGACAAUUAUUGUGCGUUACCUCAAAACAAAGGCUUAAAACGUAGAACAUUGUCUCAAGGCUGUCUUAAGGGUAUAAGACAGUCUUGAGACAAUGUUUUAUGUUUUAAUCUGUUGUCUUGAGGUAACGCACAAUAACUGUCUUACGUCUUAUGAGUACAAGACAGCCGUUCUGCUCAGGUCCUUAAAGCAACGCACAAUAACUGUCUUGUGUCUUAAGAAUACAAGACAGCCGUUCUGCUUAGGUCCGUGAGGCAAGGCGGAGAAAAACUUAAGCCAUGAAAGUCUAUUGUGCACGACUCAAGUUUUUCUCUGCCUUGCCUCAAGUCUGUCUUGUCUACAACUAAGAUAGACCUAAGUGUUUAAGGAUCGUUCUCUGCCUUACUGUAUUGUAUCAUUUAACAGUGAACUUCAAUCGUUUCAGAAUAUCAUGGCGGGCAUAGAUGUCGAAAAACCAGUGCUACAAGUAUUGGUGAGUGCGACAGGACAGGCAGCAUUCUGAUCUGUUACAUCCUCGCAGAACGAUAUAUUAAACCUGUUUAUCCGGGACGCGCGAUACCCCUUUUGUCCAGGGGUGUGUUCUGUUUCACGCAUGAUGCAUCACUUAGCCUUGUUAUUCGCCAAGUGUUAAAGAAGGAUAAAUGGUGCAUUAUAGUUACAAAAAACUAGCGAGAACUGUCAACAAGGAUGGUGUCGAUACUGAUCGCUACAGAUUGCUGGUAUCUGACGGACAGAAGUUGAACUCGUUCACGAUGUUGGCCACUCAAUUGAAUAAUCUGAUCACCGACAGUAUUCUGACCGAGAAUGCAAUCUGCAGAAUAUUAAACUAUCACUUGAGUUCAGUGAGCAACGGUGGCAGAGAAAAACCUGUGCUCUUGAUAUUGGGCAUCGAGGUAUUGGUUCCCGGCAGCGAAGUUGGGCACAAGAUAGGUGAUCCAACUAACUUGGAAGUUAGGUCAAAGGCUGAGUCUACAUUCGCUUCCACAGGCGCAAUUGCACGUUACCAAAUUAACGGUUCAGCCAGAAAAGACACUUCAAGUCAUUUCUUCUCUGAUAUAUACUCUGCAUGGCCUACACCAAUAGCAGCGUUAAGUCCUUACCAAAAUAGAUGGGUGGUCAAGGUCCGUGUGACUAGCAAGUCUCCAAUCAAAACGUGGAGCAAUUCCCGUGGAGAAGGUAAGCUUUUCUCCAUGGGGUUGAUUGACGAAAGUGGUGAAAUUCGAUGUGUUGCAUUCAGAGAUAUGUGUGACAAGUUCUAUGACAGAAUACAGCCUAGACAAGUGUAUUGUAUCACGCAGUGCACGCUGAAGAUGGCGAACAAACAAUUUAAUACAUUGAAAAAUGAUUACGAGAUGGUGAUAACCAGGGAUACAGUGAUCAUACCUUGCUACGAAAAUAACGAUGACAUCCCGACGUUACAGUUUAACUUCUGUCCGAUAAGUCAAGUGGAGAACAAGGAACAAAAUGAGUUUAUAGAUGUCUUGGGUGUUGUUACAACUUUUAGCGAUGUACAACGUGUUGUACAGCGAUCUACCGGCCGAGAGUUCAUCAAGAGAGAUGUCAAUAUCGUCGACGACAGUGGUACGAUGGUAAGCGUUGCACUAUGGGAAAAACAAGCCAAGGACUUUGAUGGUUCCAAUAACCCGGUCUUGGCCAUUAAAGGAGCGCGUGUGGGUGAAUUCAAUGGUGGAAAAAACCUGUCCCUCAUACAUUCCUCUGUACUUGAAAAGAAUCCUGAUCUUCCUGAAGCACACAGAUUGCGCGAAUGGUACACCACAGUUGGCCAUUCAGAAAAUGCUAGAUCAUUAUCUAGAGCAGGUGGAAGUGGUGACUUAAACGUGCCGUUAUAUACUCUCCAAGAGGCAACCGAAGCUCGAUUGGGGGAGAAAAUGAAUAUCUCGGAUGCAUUUAUGGUGGUGGCGACCAAUAAAAUAAUUCGCGUGGAGAAUGCUAUCUACAAGGCAUGUCCCAUAGAAAGUUGUAAGAAAAAAUUAAUUGAUCAAUCUACUGGAGUAUUUAGAUGUGAGAAGUGUAACAAGGAGUAUCCAAAUUUCUCAUAUCGAUUGCUGGCAAGUAUGAAUAUAGUGGAUGCGACAGGCAAUCGCUGGGUAACUGCCUUUGGUGAAGAAGCUGAGAAGAUAUUAGGCAUAUCGGCGCAACACUUGGGGGAAUUGAAAGAGAGCGAUAACGAUGCCUAUUUGCAUAAAUUCGGCGAGGCAACUUUCAAAAGAUUUACUUUCAACUUGAGGGCGAAAUCAGAAGUUUUCCAGGAUGAAAUGAGAAUACAAUACGUCUGUGUAUCAGUUACGCCGUUAAAUUACAAGACUUACCUCGCACAUCUGAUAGACAAAGUCUCCAAGUUGUUGCACAUCGAAAAAUUUGAAUCCAACUAGAUAAGAUUUUAUACGUUUCGUUAAAAAGAAGUUUAAGAUGGUUAAAGCUGAUUAUUUUGCACGAUUAAUUUAAGUAUUAUGGUCGUUUCUACGAAUUUUCUUUGCAGUGUCUUAUUUAGAGUGUUUUUAUUAUGCGAUAAAGUUCCAUCAUUCUUUAAUGUAAAAACUUACCGAAUUUAUCACGUAAGAAAAAAUUGAUAUACGUAUAAUCACAUUAAUCGAAUAUGCGUUACCUUGCAUAAAAAUAUUUAUAAUUUUUCUUUAUAUUGUGGUUGCUAUGUAAUAGCAUGGUUGUUAUGUAAUAGAAAAUUAUGCUACAAAAGUAAUAGCAUUUACUUUUGUAGCAUAAUUUCACUACUCGUUGUCUCGGCUUCUUCUUCAGAUCCCAAGAUUUUUACAGUGUAUUUUCAGAAUUCCGUACAACAGUAAUGUAAUAAAUCAAAUGGAAACGAGAA